AUGGCUACUCAAAGUUGGCUGGAUGUUUUCAAUGAGGUAUCUCUUACUAACCUCGAUUUUUCAUCAUCUGAUCAUUCCCCAUUAUUUUUACUCCCUGAAAUUACUGCUGGUUUUAUUUCCACUGCUUCUUUUCGUUAUGAAAAUGCAUGGCAAAGAGAGCCUUUAUGCCAUCAGAUUGUGUCUAAUGUCUGGUACUCCAACCCGACUGAAGAUAUUAUGGGAAAAAUUGUUAUCUGUGGUAAGCAACUAGCUGAUUGGGGUCGAAACCUGACUGGGAAUUUUAAGUCUCGGCUGAAGAAAAGCAAGAAGCUUCUUGCUCAGUUCAAAAAUUUCGCUAAUGACUUUGAUGCUGAAAAUUUCAUGGUGGAAAAGAACAAUUAUUUCAAGAUUCUAGCGCAGCAAGAACUCUAUUGGAAACAACGCUCUAAACAGUAUCGGUUACAUUCGGGGGACAAAAAUAAUAAAUACUUCCAUGCUACGGCUAGUGCUCGAAGAAGAUCGAACCAAAUCCAGCAAUUGGAAGAUGUUAAUGGCACUUGGCAAUGUUGGAAUACAGGUAUUGCAACUGUGAUAAAUCAGUAUUUUGAGGAACUCUAUCAGUCCACGGAUUCAUUUUCUCCUCUAAUUAUUGACAAUGUUAGAAAUUAUGUCACAAUAUCUCACAAUGAAGCCCUCUUGCAAUCGAUCCUUGAUGAAGAAGUAAAAGUGGUUGUGUUCUCUAUGCAUCCUGAUAAAGCCCUUGGGCCUGAUGGUAUGGGACCUGGUUUCUUUCAACACCAUUGGGAUAUUGUUGGUUCGGAUGUUACUAAUUUAGUGAAAGAGUUUUUUGCAACCGAAGCUUUGCCUGAUGGACUCAAUGAUACCAAUCUUGUUUUGAUCCCUAAAAAGAAAAACUUUAUUACUAUGAGUGAUCUCAGACCGAUAUCAUUGUGUAAUGUUCUUUACAAGAUCAUUUCGAAAGUUUUGGCUAAUCGAAUGAGAGACUUGAUUGAUUGUAUUAUCUCUGAAACUCAAAGCGCUUUUAUUCCAGGUCACCUAAUCUCUGAUAAUCUUAUGGUUGCCUUUGAAGUUAUGCACUAUCUGAAACGAAAAAAAAGCGGUAAAAAAGGAUUCAUGGCUUUAAAACUCGACACGAGUAAAGCUUACGAUCGGGUUGAAUGGAGCUUCCUUAGAGCAAUGAUGGCUCGUAUGGGGUUUGCUAGCAAAUGGAUUGAUCUCAUCAUGGCGUGUGUCUCUACGGUUCGGUACAGAGUUGUUUAUAAUGGCCAUGUUCUUGAUCCUAUCUCUCCGUCUAGAGGAAUUCGUCAAAGUGAUCCCCUCUCCACUUACCUGUUCAUUAUAGGUGCUGAAGGCCUCUCUGCUCUAAUUCAAAAAUUUGAAGCUAAUAGACUCAUUCAAGGAUGCAAGGUUGCUCAACGUGCGCCUCCGAUAACUCAUAUGUUCUUCGCUAACGACAGUUAUUUGUUUAGUCAAGCCACACAAGGGGCUGCUGAUAGCAUCACCAACCUUCUUCAACUCUUUGAAAAUGCAUCCGGUCAGAAGGUUAAUUACUCCAAGUCAUCAAUAUUUUUCAGUCCUAAUACUACUACUACUACCCGUGCACAUAUCUGCUCUAUACUUCACAUGUCAGAAGCUCUUGAAGGGAAAGAAAUUUUACUCAAGACAGUGGUUCAAUCCAUGCCCACUUAUGCUAUGAGUGUAUUUCUUCUCCCGAUUGGUACUUGUAAUGAGAUUGAGAAAUUAAUGGCUAGCUUCUGGUGGAAGACAAAAUCAAGUAAUGGGCGAGAUUUUCUCUCAUUCGAUCUUGGAAAUAACCCAAGCUUUGUGUGGCGCAGUAUUUGGGGUGCAAAGGAUUUGGUUCAAUUAGGGGCUGCUCGUGUUAUAGGUGAUGGUAAAGAUACAAAAAUUAUGGGCUCUCCUUGGCUUCCAUCAUCCAGUAAUAAGUAUGUCUCUUCUAACCAUCCUGGCCUCACCAAUCACAAUGUAAAUUCUCUUCUUCAAACCAAUACAAACUGUUGGGAUGUUGAGGCAGUUCAUGAUCUAUUUUCUCCUGAAGAAGCUGAAUUAAUCUUAAGCAUUCCAAUUGGUACCAACUCUAGACCCGAUAGUUGGGCAUGGACAGCAGACUAUCAAGGCAAUUUCACUGUGCAAAGUGCAUAUCAGCUGUUGCAGAGUCAAAAACCAGUCGAGGUGCGGCCAAACAACUCUGGUUCACUCCCAACCUGUGUCAACCUCGUCAUGAAACAUGUACCAAUAUCCUCUCAAUGCCCGGUUUGCCAAGCUACUGCAGAAACAACAACUCAUGCCCUUUUAACUUGUGACUUUGCUCGAUCUUGCUGGGCAGUUUUUGGUUGGCCUGCUACGAUUGACUUCUCCUUUUCUUUUGGCCACUGGUUCGAGCUGCUGCAGAACACAAAUGACAAAGAUUUUAUUUGUCGUGCUGCAACUCUCUGUUGGGCUUUGUGGAAGGCUCGAAACAAAGUUGUCUGGAACAAACACACUUCAACUGUUAAAGAAGUUAUGGCUACUGAUGAUGGGGUUGAGCUAUGGACACCACCUGCAACUAAUAACCUCAAGAUUGAUGUAGAUGCGACACUCUUCCCAAAUGACAACUCAUAUGGUUACGGCCUAGUGGUGAGGGAUCACUUUGGUAAGUUCCUUGAGGCCAAAACUAGCCAAUUCAAUGGUAGCUAUCCGGCUGAAGUUGUUGAAGCAUUGAGGAUAAAGGAAGCUCUUAGCUGGAUAAAAGGAAAAAUUUGGGAAAACAUGGAACUUACAGUCUUUUAUCUGUGCAAGCAAUAA